AUUUGAAGCUAAAAAGAGAUUUCUCAUUUUUCAUAACGGUAACGUUCACCUUAGCCACUUCCUCACUCUUCAGUUCUUCUUCCCUCUCUCAUUGUUUCACAUCAAAAUUUGAAUCCAAACACUUACUUAGUUCUUCUCCCACUCAUACAAACACACUUUCUCUCACUCUCUUCAUAGAUCCACCAUUUUUGCAAGCUCAGCAAAGAAGCCAUGAAGCAAAACAAGGUAGCAACAACAGAGAAUGGUUUCUUGGGGAGCAUUUCUUCCUCCUCAAUCAGAAACCUCAUCAUUCCAAAAUCAUUCUCUUCCACUCGAAACAAAUACACUUCACUUUCUUCCUCAAAUUCAAAUUCAAACCCUAAAGUCCCCAAAUCCAACGCUGAAAACACUCCCCCAGCAGAUCCAAACAUCAUCAACCAUCAACAAUCUCAGAUCAAGGCUCCAAUUUCUCACACCCAAUUGAACGACGAUCCUACAGUGAAGGUUGUGGUGCGAAUUAGACCUGAGAAUAAGAAUAACAAUGCGAAAGAAGGAGAUUCGAAAAUUGAGAAGGUUUCUUCUGAUACAUUGUGUUUGGGGGAUGCACUAUUCACCUUCGACGAGGUUUUUGAUACCAACUCCAGCCAGGAGGAUGUUUUCCAGUCUGUGGGUCUACCGUUGGUUAGAAGCGCUUUAGCUGGUUACAACACUUCAAUUCUGACAUAUGGCCAGUCUGGAAGUGGAAAGACUUAUACAAUGUGGGGUCCCCCAAGUUCCAUUGUUGAGGAGCCUUUGAGUCAAAGUCAACAGGGAAUUGCUCCUCGGAUCUUCAGAAUGUUAUUUACUGAGCUUGAAAGAGAGAAACGUAUGUCAGAUAGGAAACAGUUCAACUAUCAAUGUCGUUGUUCUUUUCUUGAGAUUUGCCACGAUCAAAUUAAAAAUUUACUCAAUCCAAUCCAGCAGAACCUUGAGGUGAAGGAAGAUUCAAAAAAUGCACUGUAUAUUGAGAAUUUGAUUGAGGAAUAUAUCACAAGCUACGAUGAUGUAGCUCAAAUCAUGAUCAAGGGCCUUUCAAACAGAAAAUAUGGAGGCUUUAAGUCUAAUGGGUACAAAUCACACAUCAUUUUCACCUUUGUAGUUGAGUCUUGGUGUAAGGGAAUUUCAAAAAGCUCCAAUGGCUUAAAAAGUAGUAAGAUCAGCCUUAUUGAUCUUGCUGGGCUUGACAGGGAUACAACUGAUCAUGCAGACCAAUAUCAUAUGGAAACCAUAAAUUUAAAGAAGUCAUUAUCUCAGCUUGGCCAUUUUGUGGAUGCUCUGAUUAACGAACCUCAAUUUGCAAAAGAUGAAGCCAACCCACACAAGAAAUCCUGUUUAACACAUUUACUACGAGACUCACUUGGUGGAAAUUCGAAGCUCUCAGUAAUCUGUUCGAUCUCCCCUGAUAACAAGAGUAAUAGUGAAACACUCAGCACACUCAGAUUUGGACAACGAGUAAGAUCCGUUAGAAAUGAGCCAGUUAUCAAUGAAAUAAAGGAGGCUGAUGUUGAUUUCAGUGAUACAAUCAAGAACUUGAAGGAAGAACUUAUCAGGGCAAAGGAUGAUGGGGGUAAAAAGGGAUCCUUCCAAGGGUGUAAUGCACAGGAAAGUCUUAAUCAUUUGAGAAUCAGCAUAAACCGCUCAUUGAUCCUUUCUAACAUAGAGAAUGACACCAAUGAGGUGGUAAAUGUCAAUGAGGAUGACAUAAGGCAAUUGCAGCAGCAGAUUGAUGAAUUGUACAGCUCAUGUGAAGGGAGCCCUAAAGACAUUUCUGUCACUGAAGAUUGUGUCCAGUUUUCUUCUGUUGAAAAUUGUGAUGCAGACAUGCUCAAUGACGGGGACAUUGUGAUAUCAGCAGAUAACAUUGAUUGCAUCGAAAACACUUCAGAAGGCAUUAAAUCAGUCCAUUCGUGCAGUCCAUCUCCAAUACUUGAUGGACCAAAGUUGUCUGAUUCCCCAAAAUUUAGCAAUAACCUAAGGAAAAACGUGACUUUUGCAUCAAGUAAUCUUGGACGUUGGAACAAUGUGGCAGAGAAUUCAAAUUUAGAUGAAGAUUUGUCAAGAAAAUCAUUUAAAGAGUGUCAGCAUAUGCAAUCCUCUUUACGGUCUAGCAAGGCUGAAUCGUUGGCAACAAGCCUCCAGAGGGGAUUACAAAUGAUUGACAAUCACCAGAAGAACUCAGCAUUGAACAAAUCCACAACCUCCUUCUCAUUUGAGCACUUAACCUUGAUGGCAUGCCCAGAAAAUGACCAGGCUGAAUCUUCUGAUCAUACAAUACCGAAUAAGCCUUCCAGUGAUGGAGAAUACACCUCCCUUUGUGCAUCUUGUCGAACAAAAUUAUGCGAUAAGGAUUAUGCUGAGGUCCAAGAUAGCUUGAAAGUCCCAAAACACUUGGAUAAUGUGUGCAUGGAGCAAGCAGCUAGAAUCAAGCAGCUAAAUGAAAUGGUGGAGAAAUUGAAAGACGAAAACAAGAUUCUGAAGGGGACAUCCUCAAUUGGUCAUUUCCCAUAUAUUACAGGGGAAGAAUGUGAAAUUAAAGAAGUACAGGAAGAGUGUGCUAAAAAAGAUAGCUCUUUUGAUGCUAAUGAGAAGGAAUUGCUUCUUGAAGAAAUUAAGAAUCUAAGGAGCAAGCUUCAAUCAUAUGGUGAUGCACCGGUUAAAAAGUCAACCGAUAUACUUAGAUCUUCUUUAAUGUCAAGAUCCAUACAACUGCAGAAGAGUGGUGUGUUUUCUCAUGAAAAUGAUGGGGAAGAGCUAGAGAAUGAAAAGCAGAGAUGGACCGAAAUGGAAAGUGAAUGGAUUUGUCUUACGGACGAACUUAGAGUUGAUCUUGAGUCCCAGCGCCAGCAUGCAGCGAGGGUGGAGGCAGAACUGAGAUCUGAGAAGAAGUGCACAGCAGAGUUGGAUGAUGCACUAAAUAGAGCAGUCACUGGUCAUGCUAGAAUUGUGGAGCACUACGCUGAGCUACAAGAGAAAUAUAAUGACUUGGUUGUUAAGCAUGAGGCAGUAAUGGAAGGGAUAGCAGAGGUGAAAAGGGCGGCAGCAAAGGCCUCAAAAAAGGGACAUGCUCGCUUUGCCAAAUCUCUUGCUGCCGAGCUUUCUGUCAUGAGGGUGGAGAGGGAAAAGGAAUCAAAAUUGUUGAAAAGGGAGAACCAGAUUUUGAAAAGUCAACUCCGAGAUACUGCGGAAGCUGUUCAGGCAGCCGGAGAACUACUUGUUAGACUAAGAGAAGCUGAACAUGCUGCAUCUGUUGCAGAGGAAAACUUUGCAAACGUGCAACAAGACAAUGAGAUGUUAAAAUUGCAAAUUGAAAAGCUGAAAAGUAAACACAAGACAGAGGUUAGUACCAUGAAGCAGUACCUUGCAGAGAGCAAAUUACCAGAAUCUGCACUGCAACCACUGUAUCAAGAGGAUUCUGAAUUGGCACACAACAAUGCCACUUCAUAUACUUAUGAUGAUCAAGCAUGGAGAGCAGAAUUCGGAGCAUCAUAUCAUGAUCAUCAUUACUACUAAUUCAAUUGUUUCUAGCAUCAGAUCCUACUUGGAUCUAGGAGCUCCCUAUAAUGUAACCCAUAUAUGCAUAUAUUCUUUGUAUUCCUACAAACUAUUUUUUGUGUGUUGUAACCUUGCUAUUGCUUUAUCAUCACCACCUCUGUACUAAAUUCUUGAAUUUUUUUGGUAAGCUUGCUACUGUUGUUUAGCAAUGUCGUCUUUUGUCAUUUUUAUUGUAAUCCAACUUGCUAACCA